GGUUGCUUUUGACCAAUCGACCCUCUUUAUCGUCGUUCUCGAUAAUUCUCUCCAUCAAAGAUAUUAUCAGCGGAGAGGAUGAAUUUGAACUAGGUUUUCUACUACAGGAUAAGGUAAAAGCCAAGGAAAGACAAGUGGUUGCAAAAUUAUAUACAUAUGGAUACUGAAGCAAAUGGAGAAGGUGGCUCUUUGGUUCUGAUAAAGCAAGGCGCUGAAGCCAGAGUUUUCGAGUCAACGUUUGCUGGAAGGAAGUCUGUUGUUAAGGAACGUUUCUCAAAGAAGUAUAGGCAUCCGACUUUAGAUUCAAAGCUCACGCUCAAGCGCUUAAAUGCGGAGGCUAGGUGUAUGACAAAGGCUAGGAGGCUUGGAGUUUCUACUCCCGUGCUUUAUGCGGUAGAUCCUGUAUCACACACACUAACUUUUGAGUAUGUGGAAGGUCCAUCAAUCAAAGAUAUAUUCCUUGAAUUUGGAUUGCAAGGAGUUGUUGAAGAAAGGAUGGAUGACAUUGCCUUGCAAAUUGGAGAUACCAUUGGCAAGUUACAUGAUGGUGGAGUCAUUCAUGGGGACUUGACCACAUCGAAUAUGUUAUGGCGUAGUGGCAGCAAUCAGCUGGUAUUAAUUGAUUUUGGUCUGAGCUUCGUAUCAACCCUUCCGGAAGACAAAGCUGUUGAUUUAUACGUACUGGAACGAGCUUUGCUUUCGAUGCAUUCCUCAUGUGGAAAUGUGAUGGAUAAGAUACUUGCUGCAUAUAGGAAGUCUUCAAAGCAAUGGUCAUCCACUCUUAAUAAACUUGGUCAAGUGAGAUUACGAGGCAGAAAACGAACCAUGGUUGGAUGAACCCACGCUGCCAUUUAUUAUACGAUGCUGGAGCCAUAUACCAGCGACAUGCCUUACUACCCACCGAUUACAAGAUUCGUAGAACGCCAUAUUGUUCAUCCGGUAUGUACUAAAUUCUUUUAAGGUUGUAUUUAUGCUGAUCUACGCAUUCGGAUAACCGUCGUUGGUGAAUUCAGAAUUUUCAUUUCAGAUGAUGGCAUUGACAGCCAUAGACUGUUAAAUUAACUACCAUGUUAGCUUCAUAGCAAGUUUAUCUCAUUGUAUUAGGGUUUGUAAUAUGAUCUUCACAUAAACAACCGUUGUACGUUUUGGAGUAAUGGUAGCCGGUAAGGUUUGCUUAUAUCA